CACAAAUUCCUCUCCCCCACAGUCUCUCUCUCGAGCGAUCGUCUUCUCAAACGAAGCUCUCAUCUGCAACAAGUCAGGAGGGGAACUGAAGUUUGUGAAAUACGUGGUUUCCUUGGGGAUUAUUAUAAGUGUAGAGAAAAGAUGCCGGCGGCAGGAUUCUCGGCGCCGGCGAGGACCGGAGGGGUCCAGUUCGAGGGGAAGAUCACUCCGAUUGUUAUUGUUUCCUGCAUCAUGGCUGCCACUGGCGGGCUAAUGUUUGGAUACGACGUCGGGAUUUCAGGUGGCGUCACGUCCAUGGAUGACUUCCUGAAAAAGUUUUUCCCGACGGUGUACAAGAGGACAAAGGCGAAAGGCGGAGGCAACGACAGCAACUACUGCCAGUACGACAACCAGGGGCUGCAGCUCUUCACAUCCUCCCUCUACCUGGCGGGGCUGACCGCCACCUUCUUCGCGUCCUAUACGACCAGGAAGCUGGGCCGCAAGCUCACCAUGCUCAUGGCCUCCAUCUUCUUCCUCAUCGGCGUCGUGCUGAACGCCGCGGCCCAGGAAAUCGUCAUGCUCAUCAUCGGCAGGAUCCUGCUGGGCUGUGGCGUCGGCUUCGCCAAUCAGGCGGUGCCGCUGUUCCUAUCAGAGAUCGCACCCACCAGGAUCCGUGGAGGGCUCAACAUCCUCUUCCAGCUCAACGUCACCAUCGGCAUCCUCUUUGCCAACCUUGUCAACUACGGCACCUCCAGGAUCCAUCCGUGGGGUUGGAGGGUGUCGCUGGGGCUGGCCGGAGUGCCGGCACUGCUGCUGCUAAUGGGCUCUCUCAUAGUGGACGACACCCCCAACAGCCUCAUCGAGAGGGGACACCUCGAGAAGGGCAAGGAGGUGCUGAAGAAGAUCCGCGGCACCCAGAACGUUGAGGCCGAGUUCGAGGAGAUCGUGAUGGCGAGUGAGGCAGCCAGGCAGGUGCACCACCCUUUCCGCAACCUUCUCCAGAGGCGCAACCGCCCGCAGCUGGUGAUAGCCGUGUGGCUGCAAGUGUUUCAGCAGUUCACGGGCAUCAACGCCAUCAUGUUCUACGCGCCCGUGCUUUUCAAGACUCUUGGCUUCGGCAGCGACGCUUCCCUCUACUCGGCCGUCAUCACGGGCGCUGUCAACGUCGUCUCCACGCUCGUCUCCAUCUACUCCGUCGACAAAGUUGGCCGUCGAGUCCUGCUUCUCGAGGCCGGCGUACAGAUGUUCAUCUCUCAGGUGAUCAUCUCGGUGCUGCUCGGUGUGAAGGUGAAGGACCAAUCGAACAACUUGGGCCACGGGAUGGCGAUCCUGGUGGUGGUGUUUGUCUGUCUCUUCGUCUCGUCUUUUGCCUGGUCCUGGGGUCCCCUUGGCUGGCUCAUCCCCAGCGAGACCUUCCCCUUGGAGACUCGGUCGGCAGGCCAGAGCGUCACCGUCUGCGUCAACCUUCUCUUCACCUUCGUCAUUGCCCAGUCCUUCCUCUCCAUGCUCUGCCACCUCAAGUACGCCAUCUUCGCCUUCUUCUCCGCCUGGGUCAUAAUCAUGUCUUUCUUCGUCCUCUUCCUCCUCCCCGAGACCAAGGGCGUGCCUAUUGAGGAAAUGGCCGAGCGCGUGUGGAUGCAGCACUGGUUCUGGAGGCGCUUCAUCGACGAUGGCCAUCACCAUCACAAGGUUGUGGAACUCCCCCAGGCUGCCGCUUGAACUGCUAGUUAUAUAUGAAGCGGUUAAGCUGCCGGGUAAACUGGAGCUACUCGAACUCGGAGACGUGGAGUAGCGCCUGUCUCGUGGUACAUGCGGUUCAUUGUAUCGUAUAAAUAGUAAUUCUGAUUAUUGAUCAAAAAGCCGAAGAAAAUAGUUUGUGCAUGUAACCCAUAUGGUGUUAUAGAAGUAGAUAGGGAAGGAUGUACCCCUUUUUCCUUGUUCUCAACUUGUUGGGACCCGUAUAUCUCGAUAAAUAAAUAUACUCCAUUCUUUUUAA